AUGCAAGACCCUCGAGCAGAAUCUUAUAUGGAACAUCACGAUUUAAAGAAUCUACUUAACGAACUCGAAGGUGGACUGCAACGUCACCAGCCAAACGAUCCCUUAGACUACAUUGUCGGUUGUGUGAGAUCAGUUCAACAGAUAAAGAGGGAGUCGAAGGAACCGCCUUCGUAUUCAAAACUCUUUGAAGGAUACGCCACUCAAGUUUACGAUCCAUCUAGUGUGGCUAGCAUUCAACGAGACGGUUCGACAACGCCUGGACAUCCCACAUUUAGAAAACGUCAAAGGUCUGAAGAGGACUCAUUUAUGGAAAUCAGAACGCCUCCCUAUUUCACUUCGUAUCUUGAUCAACAUAUUCCUCAUCGGCUUUCUGAUGAAGAUUCGUUACAAAGGCGUCAAUGUUUACCACCAUCGCCUCCGAAUCUUACUCCUCGUUUUAUUCGUAAUUAUUCUAGUACUUUGGCAAGACGAGGUCGUCGUAAUUCUGUCAGUGCUGAAUCUAUCAGACCUUCAGACGAUCCUAAUGAUCGUACGAUUCAUCCAAAGUCCGAAGAAGCGAGAAAACGAAUCAACGCAGCAACUACUCUGAACUUGCUUUUCAAAUAUUUGGACCGUGAAACAAAAGAACAAGUGAUAGAUGCUAUGUUCGAAAAAAUCGUUCACAAAAAUGAAACCAUCAUUACCCAAGGUGAAGAAGGUGACAAUUUUUAUGUUAUCGAACAUGGCAUGUUUGAAAUCUUUGUCGAUGAUAAAUCGGUUCUGAUAGUUGCUGACGGUGGUAGUUUUGGUGAAUUGGCUUUGAUGUAUAAUAAUCCUAGAGCCGCUACUGUUAAAGCAAAAACUGAUGGUAUUUUAUGGGCUUUAAGCAGAGAUGACUUUAGGAGAACGAUUACAAAUGCCAUGAAUCGUCAACAAAAAACUUACGAAAAUUUUAUAAAAUCGGUUUCGUUCCUUUCUUCUUUAAAUAAAUCCGAAAUUACAAAACUUUCCGAGGCUUUAGAGCCAUUUAAUUAUGAAAGUGAUGAUACGAUCAUCAAUCAAGGCGAACCUGGUGAAUAUUUUUAUAUAAUCGAACAAGGUUAUGUGAGUGUAUGUAAAGUCGAAGAGGACGGCGUCGAACAGCAAUUGCCAAGUCUUGGUCCGGGGGAUUACUUUGGGGAACUCGCUCUCCUUAAUGAUCAACCUCGUAAAGCCACUGUUGUUGCACGAGGCGGUCCUGUUCGUGUCGCCGCACUUAAACGUGAUGCCUUCGUUCGUCUUUUGGGCUCUGUUAUGGAUAUAUUCCGCAGGAAUGCCCAAGGAUACAAUAUGAAUAUAGAGAGUAGUUGUUCUACUCAAUAUGAUAUGCCUUAUUCUCCUGUUCCUGAACGUUCGGAUCUAAUUUCAGGAGACAAUAAUAUACAAAAUUAUGGUAGUGAUGAUGAAAAUAUGGCUAUGGAUGGAGAUUAUACUUCACCUACCUCUACCAAUACAACGCAUACCACUGUUAGAAAAUGCGGAUACAGUGGAGCUGGUGGUGUUAAG